CGUUCGUCUGCGCCACUUUCCGGGCGCUGCCACUCGUGUAAAGGCUCUGACUGCAGACUUUUCUGGGACUGCCCUCAGCGCGACCAAUCAGCAUAUCUUUUCUAAGCCGAGGUCUAAAUCUCUUCGUUCUGCGUCCAUGCAUAUACCGCUUAGUCCAGAACGGAAGGCCUCGGCGACGAAGACUGAGCUCAUGGAACGGUUAUUUGUCAAGACACCUGCCAAGCGCAUCCUCAAUCCGUCCAAGUAUCAACCCGAAAGCACACCGGGGACUUACCGUGCCAGUGAAGUCAGUAAAGCUCAGGAUGCCACCGAGGAGGUCACCAAAGCGGCCACUGCACCGUCUUCUCUCACCUCAACCCCAGUAUCCCCGUCGGAGGACGUGAAAGCCGCUUCUGUCACGACAGCCGCAAUGUCGUCUGAGACAGAAGAGCCAAGGCAGCGCGGCUCCGGGCAGGCUAUCGAGAUGCUUCCCCUGGAGCCGCUGACCACUCCACCUGCCCUGCCCGCAGAAAGUCCUGCCUGUCUUGGCGUCUGCAUUCCCAUUCCCUCACUCAUCUCUCUGAAUACGCACAAAAAUCUCAAUGAAUUGAUGGUUGGUCGGUGCGUUCCGCUGGCGUUUUUUGUUUGA